CCAUGGAAAAAGGAAAACCGUUUAAACUCUUCGUGCCGCCGCGUUUGAGCGGCGGUCAGGUGUCUGCAGUCAAACCCCAGACCAGCGCUCGGGCCGCAGAGCCGUGCCAGGGUUUUAACAAAUGUCCAGGUGAUGAUUUUAAUUUACCUUUUGUAAUGACAACUGCAGCAAGCCAUGGUGAAAUCACUGAUGCAGAUUCAAUUUCACAGCAAACAAAACUUUGCCCUGAGGUGGAUGAAGAGAAUCUGGAAACAAUGAAUGAAUUGUAUUCAAAACUCUACAAAGAGGCUGAGAAGAUCAAGCGAUGGAAACUGGCUGUAGAAUCAGAACUAAAGCAGAAGGAAAGAAAAUUUCAAGAAAAUAGAAAGAUUAUUGAAGCACAGCGUAAAGCCAUUCAAGAAUUGCAGUUCGAAAAUGAAAAGCUAAGUUUGAAGCUGGAAGAUGAGAUAUGUGAAAAUAAAGAUCUUUUAAAAGAAAACAGUGCCUCAAGACACCUGUGUAACCUGCUCAAAGAAACCUGUAGUCACUUCACAGAGAAGUCCACCAAAUAUGAACAUGAAAGAGAAGAAACAAGACAACUAUAUGAGGAACUUAAUAACAACAUUGAAAGAAUGAUAGUGGCAUUUGAAGAGCUUCGUGUGCAAGCAGAGAACACCAGACUGGAAAUGUGUUUCAAAUUAAAAGAAGCAGAAGAAAAAAUGGACAACUUUGAAAGAGAAUGCAAGCUAGAAGUCAGUAUGAAGGAAAAACAGAUUUCAGUUCUUACUGCAAGGUGUAAUGAAAAAGAUGAUGUAAUAAGAGACAUCAAGACUCACCUGCAGGAAUCAAAAAAUAAGAUUGUGGACUUAGAAGAAGCAAAAAGGCAUGAAGGGGAAAUGUUAAAGGAAUCUCAGCUCAAUCAAGAAUAUUUAAAGGCAGAACUGGAAGAAGCUAAAAAUUCAUUGCGAAAAACAGAGGCUACUCAAGAGAGCUUAGAAACUGAACUGCAAAGUACAAUGAAAGCAUUAAUUCAGGUCACUCAGGAGAAAGAAACACAGAUGGAAGAAUGUAAAGAAGCAAAGGCUCUGCAUGCAUCCAUAUUAGAGGAGUUCGAGGCUUCUACUUACAAUUUGAAAAGUUUGCUGCAAGAAGAACAGAAUAGAUUGAAGAAAUAUGAAGAUGAGUCAAAACUGCUUACAUUGGAGCUCACAAAUAAGUCUGCUGAGCUUGAAGAGAUGACUAAACUAAAACGCGAGAAAGAAAUGCAACUUGAAGAGCUGUCUGAAACACUGGGAAAAGCUGAAGAAGUUCUAGCAAAGAAGAAAGAUCUUGAGGCUACUGUUGAAAAUUUGCAAGAGAGAGGAAAAGAGAUGAAAAAUAUUCUUCAAGUCAGAGAGAAAGAACUGUGUGAUCUGACAGUACAGCUGACUUGUUCAGUUGAAAAGGAACAAAAUUAUUUGAAACAACUCACAGCACUGAAUGCAGAUCUCGAACGAGAGGCACUAAAGAAUGAGCAACUAACAGUGAAUAUCAAUACGCUGUUAUUAGAGAAAGAACAAAUGGCACAAGAGAAAAGUAAUAUGGCUACAGAACUCAAGAAACUGCAGGAAAGUCAUGAGGAUCAAAGGGAAAAAGAAGAAAACAUAAAGCAGUUAGUAGAACACCUGGAAGAAGCAAAUGGUCAGCUGAGAAAUGAACUGGAGUCUUUGAGAGAGAAGAUGGCAAAGAAAGGUGAAGAAGUUAAAAGCAAACUGGAUGAAAGUGAAGAAAAUACUAAGAGUAUUGAAAAUGAAAUUCUGAAAAAGGAAAGACAGAUGAAGAUGCUAGAAAAUAAGUUGAACACCAUGAAGAAACAGGUGGAAAACAAAACAAAGUGCAUUGAAGAGUUACAGCAGGAGAAUAAGGUACUGAAAAAGAAAAUGACUGCAGAAAGCAAGAAAACAAGUAGUUAUGAAGGGAAGGUGAACAAGCUACAGUUAGAGAUGGAAAAUAUGAACAAGCAACAUAAGGCAAGAGUUGACAUUUAUGAAAAAGAAAUUGAAGCAAAAGGAGUAACUGAAAAUAACUUACUUGAAGAGGUAGAAAAAAUGAGGUUACUUGCUGAUGAAGCAACAAUAGCACAGAGAGAAGCUGAUAUCCGAUGUCAACACAAGAUAACUGAAAUGAUGGCACUUAUGGAAAAGCACAAGCAUGAAUAUGAUAAAAUGGUUGAAGAAAAAGAUACAGAGUUAAAACUAUAUAAGAUAAAAGAGCAAGAGCAGGCAUCAUUGAAAAGAGCUUUGGAAACUGAACUAUCAUGUUUGAAAAGUGAGCUGUCGUCCCUUAAGGAACAGCUUAAGGCAGAAAUUGAAAACAAGGAAAAUCUUGCAAAAGACCUCUCCAAAAAUAGAGCUCCUGAAAUUGAAAAGAAAGACAAGAAAAUACAAACUCAUUUUUCUGAGACUCCUAAACCUCAUUCAGAUCCGGACUCUGCAUCUAUUAAUGUAAAAAAACUAUUCUCUCAGAGUGAUAUUCCCAUAAAAACCAGCGUGAUGGAAAGUACAAAAACAUCUCCUCGAGCAUUUCUACAGAGUCCUUUGGUCAGACGAUCCUUGAAGACAUAUACUGUAAAGACUCCCCCAGUACAUAAAAUGCAAAGUGAAAGCUCAGGUCUGAUUUCAGAACAGAGGAAAAAGCAAAAAGUGCUUCUACAGCUGGAUGCUCAGUCAGAUAGCUCUGAACACAGCGACCUUCUGAGCCUUGUUUCAGAUGAAGAAGUAUUUAAAAAAUUAUACAAAGAUUAUCCACAAGCUUCACAAUUAUAUGCAAUGACACCAAAACAGAAACCAACUGCAUCAAACCUGAAAGCUCCGAGCUCUGCACUGAAGCUUGCAACUAUGAGAAAAGUGAGAGAGACUGGAUGGACUGCAGUUUCCAAAAUGGACAGGAAGAGAAAAAUUAAAGAUUCUGAAAAACUCUUCUCUUAAAAAUAAAAAAAGGAGCAGUGCCCUAACAUUAUUUGAUUAGGACAACUCAGUAUUCUCUGAGCAUUAGUGCUUUGUUGCAUUUUUCUGCCACAUUCAAUAUGUUUAAUACAGGAAUUUCCUUGAUUCAGACAGUCCUUAUAUAACUACAGUCUGUAGAGCAUUUUCAGUGUUUUAUUCAUGUUAUAGAAAGUCUGGAGACAUUUUAAUAUUGAAAUGAGAAUAGUUCAAAGAAAACUGUUGCAAAAAAAUUCUGUUACUAGAAAUGCUGGCUUUAAAGAAAUUCAGUCUUGUUCUUCUAAAUUUACUCUCUCUUUCUUAAUACACAAUUCACAAAGCUAUAUUAUUUAGUAAAUGAAAUGCUGAAGCUGCUAAUGUGCAGCAUUUUUACCCAAAGUUGUCUUACAUUUUCUUCUUGUUGAGUAUUUUGUUGCCAGUAGCUACUUCCUCCUAUGUUAGAAUAGUUUUGAAACUUCCAUAAUUCUAUUUUCAAUAGAAUUAUGAAGGUUUAAGAUCUCUGUGUCAUUAGGAACAAAAUACAUACACACAGUUUAAGACUGUAACCAGUGUUAAGAUGUCAUUAAAUUGUUGACCUCGAAGUGUGGGACCGUAUGUUGAUCCUUCAUUUAUCAGGGCACAGAUAAAGUCACAGGGCAGCUUUCCUAAGAACUAACAGCUUCUGCUAGGUAAGCAUAGAAUUACAUCUAUUUCUCCAUGAAUCCCUAAUUAAUCUUGGUUUCACAACUAUUAAAAACAACAACAAAAAAAAACAACGUGCUUCAGAGCCUACAAAUAACCAGACAUCUUAAAAAUAUUAACAGAAAUUCCUGGAUCAGGCAGCAAAACUUGUAUUUCAUUCUUUUUGUGCAGCUGAAAGUGCAGAGAGCACAAAAGAGGAGGCAGAAAAUCCAAGCAAAUCUUACAGAACUCGCAGUUUCAAGACUCGCUCCAUUUGACAACUGAACUUCUACACCAAAAGCAGCAAAGAAAAUUUAUAAAGAUAUUAAAGGACUCUAACAACAACAACACAGUGCACAUCACAGUAUUAAUGGUCAUCCCUGACUUCCUAGAGCCUUUUCUGUUCCUAUCUAUCAAAGUAUUUGAUUUUAUUAAGAGGAGAAACAUAAACCUGUGCUCACACUGAGCAGAUAAAACAUUUUUAUCUGAAAAAAGAAGAAGUGUUCCUGCAUAGCAUCAAGCCUCCAUACAAAGAUUUGGAUUCUCCACUGCUGCUUCUUGGAUUGCCAGUCAGAUCAGAACUGCACCACAACCACGAGAAACUGACAGCUGUCUGGGUUGUUUUUUAGUUUUGUCCUGCAUGCAGACAUUGUUUAUCUCAGAAUAACAGGAACUGACAUAUCUGGUGCUCCAUAGUGAAACAUAACCGGUCUAUCACACAAACCACAACAACUAACAGGACUAUGAAGCAUUUUAAGACUGUAAGAGGAAAUUGUUGUUGUACCACAUGCAAAGAGAAGAGGUGCCCUUUUAAUCUGUGCUUGACAGGAAAUGCUGCAGCUAAUCCUAGGAGAGAAAGAAAAGAACGGUCAUCUGUGAAUCUACUAAUUUAAAAGAUAAGAGCUACAUUUCCAGCAAGCACAGAGAGACUGGCAAUAGACAGAUGAGCUCUGAAAAUUCAACAGCCACAUGUUUAAAUGCAAAACCUGAUGGAAAAAAAAAACAAUGGCAGCAUAUUAAGGGGGCCUGCAAUAGGAUGGGGUUGGAAAGAGUUCCUCUACCAGAAUACUAAUCUGUUAGAAAUCUAAUAGGUUUUGUCUGCUUCUGUUUAUUUGCAGUUAGCAUAGCUUCUGAGUUUGCUGCCUGGAAUGACGGACGUGUUUCAGCUUUAAUGUCCACAGUACUGUAUGCCUGCCUGCCAUGGAAUUAAGACUGGCUCAUUCUGCUCUAUACUGUAACCACCCAUGUGUUGUACUGCUGACAGGACCAGAAAUGAUUUAUGGUAACUGAUCUACACUGUUCUUACUUUGACUUUAGGCACUGGUCAGUGACAGAGAAUCCUGUUACGUUUUUACACACCCUGCGCUGAACUUCUCUGGCUCAUUGCAGACAUCCCAAGGUAACAGACCCAAGAACUUUAUGCUCCUUAAUUCCAUUUACAGAGACCACUUCCAACACCUCUUACAGAAAUCAGCAUACUGGCUUUCACUUAAUGAAAGUGUAAAAUAAGGGGUGUGACUGAAUAGAAUGGUUUAGUUAAGAGAAAGGUUAAAGAUAAAUAAUUUAAAGCAUAAGUGGCUGUUCCAGAAAACAGCUACAAAGCUGAUGGCUGUUGAACUUUGCAUCUCUGCAUUGUCUGCAGGUCAGCAAGGGGGCAACCAAAGAAAUGGAUCCAUAGGCAUCAGAUACUGAACUAUGAAUUUUAGCAACCUGUAGGAAAGCAGCUUUGUGCACUCACAGGUUGUCACACAGUACUUCGUUGUGCUGCCACGUUGUCCUGCUGUUCCCAGAAAGUUCUGGGUUCUCACCCCCAGCAAAUGUUUAGAGAGGUCAGCGGUGAAAGGAAGAAGUCUGGUCACAUCAGGACAGAAGAAACAGGAACACAACUGCAGUGAUACCCAGUGCCUUCUGACAUGUGGGCAGGGCAAGGGAUGCCUCACAACAGGCACAAGGAAAGAGGCUCUCUGUGCCCAUAUUAUAUGAUGCUAACAUGAGUACAAGGAGCAGAAGUCCCAAUAGUCUGAAGGUCCACUCAGACCAAUCUACUGCACUUCCAAAAGGAAUUUCCAUUCUUAAUACUUGGCCAGAUAUCUCUGUGAGGCAUGGGUGAGAAAAGCCAAGGCUCCUGAGCUCUAUGGAGAUUAUGAUGCAG